AUGAAACAACGUUACCUAAUAUUACUAGUAUUAUUUGCGAUAGUUGCAAUAAUCUUCAUCAUAACUUUUCUAUUAUUACUACGAAUUAUCAUAUCACGACAUACAAAGAAUGAGGGUGAAGAUGAAAGUGUAAGCGUGCGAAAUCGAAUAAAAAAUAGAGGAACACGAAUUGGCUGUGAAGAUAUAAUAGGACAACAGCAACGAAAUUAUGACGAGGAAAAAGAAAUAGCGACCAAAUUCCUGUCCAUAGAACGUAGAGAUUCGAAUAAAUCAAUGAAAAAUAUGAUAGUUGAUGGUAAACAUGAAGAACUGGAUAAAUUGUUGGAUGAAUGCGCGAAAUGGGCCGAACGACCUGAUGUUCAUCCGAGAACAGUCGACGAGGUUAUUCAAAUGGUGGAAACAUUAGAAAGUGAUUGGAAAAAAGGUGAAAUAG